AUGUUAAGUAACGAAGUAAAAUCUCAACAGGAACUAAUUAAAAGUUUACAGGAAACAAUUUCAUUGUUAUCCCUUAACAAGGAUGAGACCUUUAUUCAAAAGAGAAAUACUACAGAUUACGACGAACUAGAAACCUACCAUUUAUCUCUACAGAAUGAGGUGAACUUGAAAAGGUAUUCAAAAGCUUUCAUCGAAUUCCAAUAUAAAAACCCAACUACCUAUCAUGUCGUUGAACAUUUCAGAAACUUGUUAAUUAGAGCUGGUUUUACUCAACUUGAUGAAAAGAAGAACUGGUCUACUACUAUCAAGAAUUCAAUUGGUGGUGAUUAUUUCACUAUUAGGAAUGGUACCAGUAUUUGUGCAUUCCGUGUAGGUAAAAACUGGAUUCAAAGCAAUGGUGUUGGUGCUAUCAAUUGUCACAUCGAUGCUCUUACUGCUAAGCUAAAGCCAGCAUCUAUUAAGGAUGAUAUCGAAGGUUUCCAAUUAUUGGGUGUUGCUCCAUAUGGUGGUACUUUAAAUGAUGUUUGGUUCGACAGAGAUCUGGGUAUUGCUGGUCGUAUCCUAGUUAGAGAUCCUCAAUCUAAUAAGAUUAUCUCUAAAUUGAUCAAUUCAGCACCACACCCAAUUGCUAAGAUCCCAACAUUAGCCCCACAUUUUGGCCAACCUGCUGUCGGUCCCUUUGAUAAAGAAGAUGAAGCUGUUCCUGUUAUCGGUUUCUCUGAUUGUCACCCAAAAGACAAUGAAAUCUCUGAAGACGAAUCAAAGUGUCCAUUAGUCGGUAAACAUUCUAUACAUCUAUUGAGAUAUAUUUCAAAAUUAGCUAAUGUCAAAGUAUCUCAAUUGGUACAGCUCGAUUUAGAUUUAUUCGAUGUCCAAAAGGGUACUUUUGGUGGUCUAAAAGAUGAAUUUUUAUUUGCCCCACGUCUUGAUGAUAGACUAUGUUCAUUUGCUGCCAUGAAUGCCUUGAUCAGACGUAAAUUGAAAUGCGAAGAAAACUCAAUUCCACCUAACACAACACUUGGUGGACAAGGUGAUGACCAUUUUGAAAUUGUUACAUUAUAUGAUAACGAAGAAGUUGGAUCACUAACAAGACAAGGUGCCAAGGGUGGAUUAAUGGAAUCUGUUAUCAACAGAGUAGUUUCAGCACAAAGAAACAUCGAUAUAAUCAAUUCUUUUGAUGAUUCUUUCAAUGAAUGCAAUUUUAAUACCGCUGAUAUUCAUCAAUUAUACGCUAAUUCCGUUAUACUUUCAGCAGAUGUUAACCAUAUGUUGAAUCCAAAUUUCAAAAACGUCUAUAUGAAGAAUCAUUCACCAAAACCUAAUGUCGGUGUCACAUUGUCUUUGGAUCCAAAUGCUCACAUGGCUACCGAUGUUGUAGGUGUCACAAUUUGUGAAGAGUUAGCCAGAAUUAAUAAUGAUAAGAUACAAUACUUCCAAAUCAAAAAUAAUUCAAGAUCUGGUGGUACUAUUGGACCAUCUAUUGCUUCGCAGACUGGUGCUAGAACUAUUGAUUUAGGUAUCCCACAAAUGGCCAUGCAUAGUAUCAGAGCAACAACUGGUUCAUUAGACGUUGGUUUAGGUGUCAAGUUCUUCUUUGGUUUCUUCAGAAAUUGGAGAGAAGUUAAUGCAAGUUUCGGAGAUUUGUAA